AUGCCAGACUUCCAGGGAAACGCACGGCGGCUGAAACGCAACUCGUCGACGCAACAAGUGGCCGUCCUACGCGUGUACGUGUGCCAACAAAGCAUCACCGGCGGCGCAGGCCUUGCCCGAAAUUCGAAAUCGAAAUCGAAAGCGAGUAGAACGACGCGUGGUCGAGUCACGACGACGACAACGACGACGACGACGACGACGACGACGGGGCGAGUCGCGUGCACGUGGGCGCUGCAUCCUUAUAUGGAUGCCUGCCGCGAGAUUCUUACCUCGCCAGACCUUACCUUUUAUCCGUUCUUACGUCAUCCAAGAACACGUUCCCCCCUCGCUGGAUAUCCCCGCGAAUCCAUGGAUCGACGCGUCACCAUUGAUAGCUAUCGAUCGACUUUACACGAUAUAAUAAUUCGGGUUUUAAAGCUUAUGAACGAAACAGGAGGGAAAGGUGGAGAUGGAUGCGAUCGUCGCCUUGAAUCCCGACUUGACGAAUCAGAAAACCAUCGAGCCACCUGCGCAAGUGAACAAUCAUCACGUCUUGAUAUCCGCUAGGGCAAGGGAUUCUUCGGGCGAAGAGGACGAGGGGGUGGACGAGUCGGAAAACCAAGAGGAGGGCUCCCUCGGACGGCACGGCGGUCACGCCGCAAGAAACGGCCUUGCAUCCGCAACGCUUCCUGUACGAGUCGUUACUGCUCUUUCGCAUUCGAUCAAGCCAUCGAUCCCAGUAAAAGGUAUGUCGUGCGCGAGCAAGCAAGUUAUACGUUGUAUGUGCUGUUGUUUGCACGAAAAACCCAGUCGGAAAUCGAUCACGUUCGCAAACCGAUCGAACUGA